UUGUUCGUCUUUAUGUAAGAGGGUUAGAAUUAUCAAUGAUGACGUUAUUAUCAAUUUGACAACAAUACAUGAUUGGUGUAAAGUAAAUUGUGGGUCAAUUAUUUGCACUCAGCUGUGAGUUACCAGUGUGUAACUAUGGCUUGUGCAGCUGUAAAUACUGCAAUGUUUGUACGGACGUUACAACAGUUAUCUAAAAGAAACUAUUCAGCAUCUCUAUUUCCUAAAAUUACCACUCAUUAUACGAUAGUGCCUAGAGAAACAGAUCUAAGAUGGAAAGAUAUAAAUAUGGAACGUUAUGUAGAUGAAACAGACAUUCUGAUUAUCGGUGGAGGCCCGGCGGGAAUGUCGGCAGCUAUUCAAGCCAAAAAGUUAGCAGAGAAACAUGGAAAAGAUCUCAGAGUAACAUUAGUUGAAAAAGCUGGAACUGUUGGAAGUCAUAUUCUGAGUGGUGCAUGUAUUGAUCCAGUCGCUCUCAACGAACUUAUUCCGAAUUGGCAAGAGCUUGGUGCUCCUUUGAAGACACCAGUAACCGAAGAUAAAUUUGCAUUUCUCACAGAGAAGGGCAGAGUAUCUAUUCCGAUUUUUAAGGGAAUGCCUAUGUAUAAUCAUGGAAAUUACAUUGUAAGACUGGGACAUGUAGUUGCUUGGUUGAGUGAACAAGCAGAAGCAGCAGGUGUAGAAUUAUAUGCUGGCUACGCCGGAGCAGAAGUUUUAUAUCACGAAGAUGGUUCAGUAAAAGGAGUUGCUACUAAUGACGUUGGUAUUGCGAAAGAUGGUUCUCCAAAAGUAACAUUCGAACGAGGCAUGGAACUUCAUGCUAAAUGUACUAUUUUUGCUGAAGGAUGUCAUGGUCAUUUAACAAAAUCAUUGUCUAAGAAACUAAAUCUUCGAUCAAACUGUGAACCCCAAAGUUAUGGUAUUGGACUUAAAGAGAUCUGGGAAAUUCAACCAGAAAAACAUCGACCGGGAGCCGUCGAACAUACAGUAGGUUGGCCGUUAGAUAAGAACACCUAUGGAGGAUCGUUUUUGUAUCAUCUUAAUGAAGAAACGCCAUUAGUUGCUAUAGGUUUUGUCGUGGGUUUGGAUUAUAACAAUCCAUAUUUGCAUCCUUUCAAGGAAUUUCAACGAUUCAAACAGCAUCCAGCAAUACGACCAACAUUUGAAGGCGGAAAGAGAAUAGCGUAUGGUGCACGAGCUCUAGUGGAAGGUGGUUUUCAGUGCAUUCCACAGCUGCAAUUUCCUGGUGGCUGUUUGGUUGGUUGUACAGCAGGUUUUCUCAACGUUCCAAAAAUUAAGGGAGUACACAAUGCUAUGAAGAGUGGUAUGUUAGCAGCGGAAAGUGUUGUAGAAGCUAUCAUUGAUGCUGAGAUAAAUAGUUCUACAACUAUUGGUAUUGAGCCCAAAAAUUAUACAGAUAAAAUUAAAAACAGUUGGAUCUGGAAUGAAUUGAAAGCAGUGAGAAAUUUCCGACCAAGUUUUCAUUCGAGUCUUGGGCUUUAUGGUGGUAUGAUUUAUUCUGGUUUCUCUAUGUUAGUCGGAGGUAAAGAACCUUGGACACUUUCACACGGUGGAGCAGAUCAUACAAAGUUGAAACCCGCGUCACAGUGUACUCCAAUCAUCUAUCCGAAACCCGAUAAUGAAGUCUCCUUCGAUCUUCUUUCAUCUGUCGCUCUUACUGGAACAAAUCAUGAAGCUGAUCAACCACCCCAUCUGACUCUUCUAGAUGACACUGUACCUGUGAAGAAGAACUUGGCAAUUUACGAUGGUCCCGAGGGACGUUUUUGUCCUGCUGGGGUCUAUGAGUUCGUUCCACUCGAAAGUGGAGAUGGCCAAAGGCUACAGAUCAACGCCCAGAAUUGCAUUCACUGCAAGACUUGUGAUAUCAAGGAUCCCAGUCAGAACAUCAACUGGGUAGUGCCCGAAGGCGGUGGUGGUCCAGCUUACAAUGGCAUGUGAAAACUUUUUAUACUAAAUUUUUUCGCAUUUCUAACUUUCUUUAAAGCUGUCGAGAAAAUUAGUCUUCCACAUCAAAAAAUUUUAUUCCAUUUUUCAGUAACAUUAACUCACAUAGAAAAGAUGUUUUUAUAGAUCAAAUAAUAAUCUCAAAGCAUUACAAAUUUCAACAUCAAUAUCAACGGUGUUUUUAUGUAAAUUAUCAAUGCACAGAAUCCACUUCAAUUUCAUCAUAUAGUUAAUUCGAAAUUUUCCCAAUAAAUCACAUGCUCGAAUAAUUGAAGUAAUAUUCAAAAGCAUAACAAUAAUACAUUUAAAAUAGAUUUUCACAUAAAAAAACUCAAAUUCUCUUUAUCGUUAAUUGAAGCUCUUAUAAUAAAUACACAAUGGCUAUCAGAAUGUCUAAUAAUACUUACAUAAAAUAGUUUAUUUUUCGACCAUCACUUUGUAAUAUGUAAGAAGAUAUUGAUUUAAAUAUUGACAAAAUAAAUACAAAUAAUACAAAUAGUAUUAAAUUUUACAAAUAGUUAUUGAAAAAUUGGAAUAACUUUUUUGUCUCCUGAUAGAAUGUUUUCAAUGAAUUUUACAUUCAAAUUAAAGAAUUAGUAGCGUAAGUUUUUAUAUUGUAAUUUAAAAAAUUCUAUGAAGUGCAAGCCAAUCAAUGCAAAACUGUAGUUUAAAAAAAAUUGAAGGAUAUUUUCAUAUAAAAUAUGUAAUCCUUACCUUAAAUAAAUGCUCAAGGGCCUUAUAUUCAUUGCUGAAACGAAUUAGAAAAAAAAA